AUGGGACUCAUCUCCUACGCUGCCAUGUGCCUCUCGCUGGCGUUUCUUCUCCAUUCCUACGCCGCCGCGACGGCGCCAACCGGCAUGCUAGAGCGGGAGACCAAGCAGCAAAUCAUAGCGAGCAUCCCGCCGCACGGGCAGGAGAACCCCGUGCUAUUCCUGACGUCGCCGUCCGGCAAGUACGCGGCGCACUUCAUGCGCAGCCAGACCGCGCCGGGCGCGGGCGGCCUCGGCGCCGACUUCUGCUACGUGGAGAUCCUCGACACCGCGGAGCCGGGCGCCGAGGGGCGGAGCGUGUGGGAGUCGGAGUGCCUGGCGGUGAGCACCGUGAACACGUGCGCGCUCGUCUUCUCGUGGAAAGGGCUGGAGGUGUUCGACGGGAGCAACUCGGUGUGGCACACGCACGACACGGAGUCGGACGACAACAACUUCCUCAAGACCCUGCAGCUGGUGGACGAGGGUGACAUGCGCAUCCUCGACAAGGGCGGCGAGCUGGCGUGGAAGGCCAGCGACGAGCCGCGCGCCGCGCAACACUGCGGCAUGCCCGGCUCGCCUGGCUUGGCACCGGCAAUGCCGCCGUUCGCCGGUCCGAUCGGAAAGGGGAGCAGCAACUUGCCAUUCGGGCAAGAUGAAGGAGGCAUCGACGGCAACAGCUACGGUUCCGUCGGAGGAGUUGCGCAGCCCGAGCUGCCGUUGGCGCCGGGUGGCGUUGGUGGGCAGGGGCAAGAGGAGAGCGUUGGGGAGACCAUGGGCCUCGGUAGCCAGCCACUGGUGGACAAUAGCCCAUACGACAGCGGUGCACCGGAGCGUCCAUGGGCUGGAGUUGCUAAUUUGGGUCUCGGCGUUGCAAUUGCCAUUGCCAUGGGCCUGGGUCUCUGA